AAUUUAUUUAUUUAUUAUUACAUGUUCAAAUAUGUUGUAUAGCACUACUAAGCUUUUUUUAUCACAAAAAUAGUGUCGUAUGCUCUAAAGUACCUAGUGACAUUGACCUAGAUUUACGAGCACCUGCCUGAAUUUACAAGAUGUUUAAAAAAUUUGAGGAAAAGGAGAAUGUAUCUGGUCUUAAUCAGGUGAAGUCGUCAGUCCUGAGAGGAAUACGCAGCACUCUUUUGGAUCAGUACCCACAGAUCGAACCAUACUUAGAUGAAAUUGUACCCAAAAAAGGAGCUCUUAAAGUGGUCAAAUGCCAGGAACACAUUGAAGUGUUGGCUGGAGCAAAUGGUGAAUUGCUGUUUUUCAAACAAAGGGAAGGUCCUUUUUAUCCCACCUUGAAACUUGUACAUAAAUAUCCAUUCAUUGCCCCAGCCAUGCAGGUGGACAAAGGUGCAAUCAGGUUUGUCCUGAGUGGAGCCAACAUCAUGUGUCCUGGCCUCACGUCCCCGGGGGGCAGGAUGACACGGGUGGACAAAGACACCAUAGUUAUACUUACUGCAGAAGGCAAGGAAAAUGCGAUAGCUGUUGGUAUAACCAAAAUGUCCACAGAUGAAAUAUUACAGAAGAACAAAGGCAUUGCAAUAGACAACAUACAUUUUCUCAAUGAUGGUCUAUGGCAUAUGAAACCUGUGAAAUAGCAUUAUUAGAACUCAUGAUUGUCAACUCCAUGCUUGUAAAAUAUUCAGCUCUGAGAGAAGUUCUGGGAAGAGAAAAAGAAUGGGAAACUGUGUUAAGAUGGACACUGUUCAUUCAGUAGCAGCUUUUUUUUACACAUGAACUGCUGACUUAAUUCCUAUUUGAAGACUGUCUCCAAGAUUAUUCCCUUUCUGAUUAUGCUGUUGAUAUAUACCAAGCACAUGUCUGAGACAUACCUGCUUAUUACAUUAUUUAUAUUAAUAAAUACUUAAAUGGUUGUUAUACAAUUGUAAUUUGACACUGUAUAUCUACUGCAUUGAUCAUUGGAAAGAAGAGGUAUGUGAUUAUGUCUUGGAAAUUGAAAAAUACAUGUCACAGUUCAUGUGGUAUUUAAAAAAAACCACAGGGAAAUUUAG